AUGACGAUGCAUCAUUUCAGGAUCUCGGUAAUCCUGACCUCGCUCCUUUACGCGCUCGGUCUUGCAAGUCAAGACCCAAAUGAUGUCACGGUCCUGAUCAAAGAGGCCGCUCGCGCCAACAACGAGUCACUGCUAUGGGGUCCCUACAAACCGAAUCUGUACUUUGGUGUCCGUCCUCGGAUCUCAAACAGUCUUGCUGCUGGUCUGAUGUGGGCCAAGACAGACGACUAUGGCACUGUGCAAAGCAACUUCCGACACACCUGCGAGCAGAAUGAAGGCAUGGCUGGGUACGGCUGGGACGAAUACGACAUUCGAAAAGGAGGUCGCCAGACGAUCCACGAUGCCGGAAAUUCACUGGAUCUUACCAUUGAUUUUGUCAAGAUUCCCGAUGGCCGAUAUGGAGGUAACUGGGGAUUCCGCGUCAAGGGCGUUCCUCGCGCCGACGGUGCUCCCGACCAACCUACGACAAUGGUCUUCUACACCACACUUGAAGGACUGGGCCAGUUGGGAGUUGACAUGGAUACUAUUCCUGGCCCUGCGCUAGAUGGAAAUCUGAAAUUGAAUGGCUUCACUCCUGAUCUUGGUCCCUUCCAGAUUGAGGUUACUGAGGGCCCCGAGACCAACGAAUACUUUGCCCAUGGUCACCCUAGCUACGACGAGAAACCUCUGGGCAAGGGUAUCGUCUCUAGUACCACUAUGGCCCCCCAUCAACUCUGGCAGGCUAAAGGUAUAAUGUUUUUAAACAUGAAGAAAGAAGUUGAGGCCGGUAUUGAACAAUGGGGAUCCGGCAACGCUCCUCCUCCUGCCCAGCUGUUUACUAUCAAGCCUAGUCCUGGUGAUGGCAAUGUCCACAUGGUACAGAAGGUGUUCACGGGCCCAUUUGAGUUCGAUGUCCUCUUCAGUUCUGGGUCUGCUUCUAAGCCAAUGACUUCCGAGACAAUUUCCGAGCAAAUUAAGCAUGCUUCGCUUUCGUUCUCAGAGAGGUUCAAGCAGGUUCUCUCGCCACGCGCGCCUUUCACUUCUGCCGAAUAUCUGCGAUUCUCUAAAGCGAUGCUCUCUAAUCUUAUCGGUGGCAUUGGGUUCUUCCACGGCGAUGCUCUCGUCGAUCGAUCUGACUCUCCUGCCUACGACGAAGAGAAUGAGGGCUUCUGGGAGGAAACUGCCGAGGCACGAGCUGCUGCCCAACCAGUCCUCGAAGGGCCCAUGGAUCUAUUCACCUGUGUACCCUCUCGACCAUUUUUCCCGCGAGGGUUCCUCUGGGAUGAAGGUUUCCAUCUACUGCCUGUGAUGGAAUACGACUCGGAUCUUGCCCUCGAAAUUAUCAAGAGCUGGUUCCAUCUUAUGGACGAAGAUGGUUGGAUUGCCCGUGAACAGAUCCUGGGUUUAGAAGCUCGCAGCAAAGUCCCUCCUGAGUUCACCGUCCAGUACCCGCACUACGCCAAUCCACCGACUCUGUUCAUGGCCCUUGAAGCUUUCAUGGACAAAGUGAAGACCAAUCAGAGUCACCAAACAGAAUCAUUAGAUUCUGCCGAUGUGGCGGAAAGCUUGCGAUCGGCGACUGUGCGAAACCCCGAGCUCGCCGAUGCAUACCUUCGAUCUUUCUAUCCUCUUAUGAAGAGACAUUACUACUGGUUCCGUCAAACUCAGCAGGGUGACAUCAAAUCGUAUGACCGUGAGGCAUUCUCGACAAAGGAGGGAUACCGCUGGCGUGGCCGUUCUGUUCAGCAUAUCCUGACGUCUGGCAUUGACGACUACCUCGUCCCCAGCCGCCCCACCCCCGGUGAGCUGCAUGUCGAUUUGAUCAGCUGGAUGGGCAUGAUGAGCCGAACCCUGCGCCGCAUUGCAACCGCACUAGGCGAGGAAGAAGACGCGGAGAAGUUUGCUCAGCACGAGAAUGCCAUUACCCGCAACAUUGACGAUCUCCACUGGGACGAGGCCGCACAGACAUUCUGUGAUGCUACUAUUGAUGAGUUUGAGGAGAGUGUACAUGUUUGCCACAAGGGUUACAUUUCGAUCUUCCCGUUCCUGACGGGUAUGCUUGCUCCCGAUAGUCCCCGACUAAAGGCUACCUUGGACUUGAUUGGCAACCCCGAAGAGCUGUGGAGCGAUUAUGGCAUUCGCAGUUUGAGCAAGAAAGACAAGUACUACGGCACGGAGGAGAAUUAUUGGAGAAGUCCUAUUUGGGUUCCCAUCAAUUACUUGAUUUUGACAAAUCUUCAUGCCACCGCGACGGCAUCUGGACCUCACCAAGAGCAGGCCCGCAAGUUAUACUCUGAGCUGCGCAAAAAUUUGGUCGAGAACGUAUUCAGAGAAUGGAAAAAGACCGGGUUUGCUUGGGAACAAUACAACCCCGAAACAGGAGUUGGCCAGAGGACACAGCACUUUACCGGCUGGACCAGUAUGGUGGUGAGCAUCAUGGCCAUGCCCGACUUGCCGGAGAGUGCACAAGCAAGACACGAUGAGCUGUAG